CCCUACCCCGCCCCCUCGCGCCAUAGCCCCUCCCCGGCUUCCGUAGCGAGCUGCUUCCCGAAGGAGGAGCAGGAUGGACGUUCUGCGGCCCACCCUAAUAAGGAUUGGGGGGCGAGUAUACAGGAAGAAUCUCAUCCAAGAGCAGGCCUACCAGCACGAGGAGGAGGAGGAUUUCUGUGCAGGCUCCAGUGACUGUGCAGACGAACCCUGUGAUGCCUUUGUGGUGGACGAGACUGAGAAAGGCUUCCAGUGCAGAGUGGAGGUUCCCAGCCCAUUAUACAAGUACAUCAUUGGGAAGAAAGGAGAAACCAAGAAGAGACUAGAAACAGAGACUCGAACCUCCAUCAGCAUUCCUAAGCCUGGAGUGGAAGGAGAAAUUGUGAUUACAGGGCAGCAUCGCAGCGGCGUCAUCUCUGCCCGAACGCGGAUCGAUGUUCUCCUGGACAGCUUCCGAAAGAAGCAGCCCUUCACACACUUCCUGUCCAUUGCUCUCAACCAGCCUGCCAUCCAGGAGAAAUUCCUGCAGUUCAAGGAGGAAGUGCUGGAGAAAUGCUCAAAGGAUCACGGGGUCAGUAGCAGCCUGUUCCAGAACCCUGCAAAGCUUCACCUGACUCUUGGGACGCUGGUACUUCUGAAUGAGCAAGAGAUCCAGAAAGCGUGUGACCUCCUACAGCGAUGCAAAGAGGACUUUGUGGACCAAAUUGCUGGAGGCAAGCCCCUGACUGUGGAGGUGUCAGGAGUGGAGUACAUGAACGAUGACCCUGCCAUGACAGAUGUCCUUUAUGCCAAAGUCCACAUGAAGGAUGGCUCGGACAGAUUGCAGGUGAUCGCUGAUCAGCUGAUGGAAAGGUUCGUGGCCUCCGGCCUGAUGCUUAAAGAAUGGGAUAGGGUGAAACUGCAUGCUACAGUCAUGAAUACUGUCUUCAGGAAAGAUCCAAGUGCUGAAGAGCGAAACAAUACUAUGACUGGUAAAUCAUCUUUCAAGGAACGGGAGUCGUUUAAUGGCCGAAAUAUCCUCAAGGAAGCUGAAGUGGCAUUUGGAAAUUCAGACUAGACAAUAGAGGGAAAAUAUAUCUUUGUUGGAGUGUUUGGGCCUUGGAGCAGAGCGACGAACUGGUGCUGGAGGUAUUGAGAGAAGGCUGAGACGCCGCGCUGAGGAGAACGCAGUGCAGGGAGUGCAGAAGGUUUGUGCUAACUCGCCCGCGUGUGACAGAUCCGUUUGGUGACCUUACUGUAGAGGGGAGAAGCCUCUUUUUCUUCAGAGGUGCUCAGCACCUCUCUGACUAAUUUAGCAGGAGCUGUGAGUGCUGGAAGAAGGAGGAUUUGCUGAGAGGGUUAUAAAGUUCUGAAUCCACUUGCCCCUUCCAGGCGGGGCUACCUGCACCGCGGCCCCCUCCAGCCCAGCAGCUCAGCCGUUCUGGAGGCGCUCUCUGUGUGGGUGUGGGUGCCUCUGCCUCCCACUCAGUGGGCAUCCUGCCUCCUCAUUUCCCUGAGACCACUGUUCUGCCACCAGCCAGCUGAGACAGCGUCACCUUUUUGAUCUUAAGAGGACAGUUUUUCUCGGUGGAGCUGGCAGGGGUUGAAUUACAGCAGUGCCUUAAUAGAAGACAGGGACCCAGCACAUUAAGUGCAAAAAAAAAAAAAACCAACCAACCCAACACACUGAUUAGCAAAAGUAGGCAGCUUAUCCCAAAGGUGCCAUAACCCUUCUGCCAGAUAAUUUCCCAGGUCUGUCUGAAUUAAUUUACUGGUUCCAUAGAUGGGCUUCUCCUCUUGGUAUUUUGGUGAGCGUAGUGAGUAGGUCACAUUGAUGGGAGCUCCUUGUCCUAGCAUUCCCGAAUGUGUCUCAAGCCUCCUGGCAUCUCUGCAGCAAAGCUGAAGCCCAGCUCUUAAAAACUGUUGCUGCAUUUGCAACAAUAGGCAGUGCUAGGAGCCACGGGGAUGAAGCUCCUUUGGAGAAAUGCAGUGCUUGGUUAUCAAUUUCCUUAAACAAGUUGUGCUGAAAAUCCUUCAUAUUUGAGGCAUAGCAGGAUCUGGGAAGUCAGUGGAGCCUUUAAUGUGCUGGAGGGUUUUUUAUUCAUCUCUAAAAGAUGUACAAAAAUCCAGUAACCUCCAAAUGUCCCACUUGUAUUUGUUUCUUAGUUUGCAGAAUGCCUUUCACCAUAGCAACUAGGGUUUGAUUUCCUCAAGCGCAUGAAUUUUCAUGGAUAUGUAGCAGGAGGAACGGGCCCAAAACCCUGAGCUAAAGCAAAGGUUUUGCAGCGUGGCAGUGGCAGGAGCACCACUGGAUUUGGCUUGUGAAGUAGGGGGACCCUGAAGGGAGAGGUUCUUAACUGAACAGAGGCCUGCACCUGGCCCCAAGUGGUUUUAUUUGCAAAAAUUCAGAUCUGACAGAUUAAUUGAGACUAUUGCUGAAUGUUACCCUCCCCACCGCUGCAUCACCCUCUGACAGCUGAGAUGGUUUUGCUCCAGAGUUGUGAAGAGCUGAGGUUUCACAUGGCAGCAGUCAGAGAUGUUCACAGAGCCCAGCUGGAACCUCAUACCCUUCCCACCUGUGAAGGUCAGAAGGAUGGUAUGGGCAGUGUGAAGCGUGCUCCUCUUAGGUCUGCAGAUGAAACCCAGCUGGGAGAGGAAGGAAAAUUGCAUAUGUUAGUAGGAGAGAACAGAGCUCCAAAUGAUCUGGAGAAAUCAGGCAGAAACAAAUGGACUGCUGAGAACAAGGACAGAUCCAGGAGGGAGCAGUGCCUCCGUACCAGCCCCAGGGACAGGGAUUGGGGGUUACAGGGGACUGCUCCAGAGCACAAGCCAGCUCAGUCUGUCUGUGGCAAUAAAAGAAAGAAGCAAAGGCCUGUGAAGUAAACUGGUGACUCUACACUGGUGCUCAGCCCCUAGCUGAAGUAUUUGUCCGGUUUCAGGCCCUGUGGACAGGUGCAAAGAGUCCAGAAGGCAACAGUAAGAUAAUCAGAGGGCUAGAAAAUGUCUGUGAGCUGAGACUGAAAGACUUAAGAGUUGUUUUGAGGGUAAUAAAGGGAAGAAGGAGGACAACACAUAAGAAAAACUCUUUAAGCAUGUGAAAGCUUUUGCCAGUAGUGGAUACUCUGUCCUCCAUGCUCUGAUGGUAGGGCAACAAAUAACGGGCUUAAAUUGCAGCAAGAGCUUAGGUGUUAGGAAAAUCUUUGUAAUGGGAAGGGUAAUGAAGCACUGACCUAGAGGACCUGGAGAAGUGGGGGUUCCAGUUGUUCUGAGGGAACAGAGACCUUAGUCCAGGGUCUGCCACGAGUGAGCUCCUCCUGCCUCGGGGAAGGAGACGACGUGGAGCCAAUGGCUCCUUUUGGUCCUUUCUUUAUCUUGUCAUUUUAUGAUUACUAUGUGAAAUAUAUGCAGAACACUCAUGAAAUGCCAUUUGUGAACAUUCCUAAAGCUUCUUGGCAUUUAUGUGGCAUUUACUUUGGCUCGGUAAAACAAAAAUAUAGAAAAGAAACCUCCCAUUGGUGGUACUUUUCCAGACAGAGAUGGUUAUACCGUUACUGCUUUCUGACGGGUGGCACCAGUGAUUUAAUUGGAAAAGCUUUUCCUGUGUCAUAGAGGAGAUACCACUGACUUGUAUCCUGUGUUGGGCUUGUGCUCCCCCAAGAUGCUGGCUUGUUUGCAAUUUUGGGUCUUGGUGGUUGGUGGCAAAGCUUGCCGAUAUAAAUGACACAAGAAGCAGCAAGCUGAAUGCGAACGAUAAAGGAGUUAGUGCUUUGCUUAUGAUACAGAUCAGCUGUGCUCCCAAAAGAUAGGCCGCUGGGACUUUUUAUGACCAGAUUUUCUCCCUCCUGAAAUCUGUGUGGUUUAUUCUUCCUAAGAGAGACAAGGUGAAAGGGCCUCUGCUGCCACCUUUUACAACCUGCCAGAGGUUGAAAGAAGACUUAAACGGGCAGUGCUGUUCCUCGUGCCAUCUGGGUGGAAGGGCUUGAUGCUCUGUUGAUGAUGGAGAGACACUCCAGAGCCAGCUGCACACUUGCAGAAUAAAACAAACGGUCGAUCCGCAUACGCCCACCAAGGUGGCUGGUGCUCAGAGGCCUUGGCACAGGCAGCAUUCUCAUGGUGGCAGACAACUGCCUUCUCUCUCUGCCCUUCCUAACCCUCUCUUCCACCCUUGCCUUGCGACUCUGCACAACGUCUUAAUCCUGUAACACCCAUGCAGUAAUGGAAGGUGUUGGAUGCCCGGCCAGCAGUCCUUUAAAAAGUUGUGGAAAGGAAGCAAUUGCUAAUUUGGAGAGGAGGUGGGGAACACCGGGAAGAGCUGCCUCUCUGGCUGAGUGCCUGUCUACCUGCUUUUCCUACACUUCUCGUACAUUAUUGCUGGCAAGCUUCCAAGCACAAUUAAACCUCUGACAGAUAAUCAUUGGUGGAGUGGUGUCCAGGGUGAAUAAUACAGGAAUCAGAUACUUCUUUUUUGGCACCAAACUGUUUCAGGAAACAUGUUUUGAAAGUUGAAAAUAGAAGAAAAAAAACCCUGUUAAUUGAACAAACUCCCCAGAUCUUGACACUUUGCCCGGUUGUGUCUUACCUUCUGGGAGCCAGCAGGGGAUUUGAUUUGGGGGUUGUCUGUCAUAGUUUGGGGGGGUUUAGGUCACAAAUGGAAAAGGUUUUGAUGCAUUUCUCAGGACAAGAAAGAAGGAGCUCUGCCAGCAUGUACUGCAGCCUGGGGACUGGGGCGACUUCUGCCGUUUCAUGCUGUGGAGGUAACAGGCUUUUGUAGACCACUGGGGUGGUCGACAGGGAGGUGUUGGUAGCAGAAAUCCACAAAGCAGGAACAGGGCACAGGCAGGCUGUCCUUGAGGUCCCUCUUUUACCAACAGCUUUCCAUUGUGGCGUGGUGUUCACGAGUCACCCUGCCCAGGAGUGACAGAGGUGCUGCUCCGACCUGAGAGGCCCUGACAGGUCUGUGUGGGAGGUCACAGGAGUGAGGUGUGUUAAGCAGGUAGGUAAGAUCCCAAAAGCGGGGUUGGAAACUGGUUUGUGCAGCAAAGGAGAUAAUCCGAAGAGCUCCAAUGGAUAGUUUGCUGAAGUUCAGUGGAGUCUUUGAGUCCAUCAGUGUUUGAGUGUUACUUUCACAUUUCUAAACCUUUUUUUUUUUUUUAAUUUUUAAUCCAUCGAUGUUUUUUGCCAUCAGUAACUUUUCCUCUAUCGAACCUUUUGGCUUAAUGCUGGUACCAGCUCUGUAAUACAGCAGUUUGCUGAAGAGUCGGCGCCUUCCCUGCUGUAGCUGGCAUGGGUACCACAGUUGUGCUUUAGCCAGAUGAUUUGGAAGAGCGAUUGUUCUCUGCUCAUCUGGAGUGUUUUCUGUCCCAAGCUGUGGACGUGUUAUACAAGCGUUAAUUCAGAUGUAUCAUCCCUCAUGAAAUGGAAAAAUAGCCCGAGGUUUAUUUGGGCAAGUCACAGCCCAUGGUCUGAUCCUGUCUGGGUCCCUCCCCUCCCUUGUAGUGUAAGGUGGUGCAAGAAGGGUUUGAGGUGUUGGGGUCAUGCUCUGCUGCAAGUACUGCCAGGAAUAUCCAGGGGAGGGUGCAGAGAGUCUGGAAACAAGCAGGUUUCGUUGCUCUGAAGAGGUUGAGGUAUCUUCAGAAACGCCACUUAAUUUUUCUCCAUGCUUGUCAGCGGGCGCCUGGGAUUUUGUUUGCUUCUUCCCUUCCCCGAAGGAGAUAACAGCACCGUAGCAUGCUGAUUUCCCACGGAAAGCAACCUCUCAUCCCUCCCGGCUUUCCAAGUUCAUUCCUUCAUUCACCGCUGCUCCUGAUCAGGACACGCCGAGGGUAGCGGCUGCCGCCGGGCGAGCUGGUGUAGCUGUUGUCACUGCGUGCAGAGCAGAUGAAGCUGUAAAGCCUGUGGCUUCUCUGAAGCUUGAGUUUAAUCUCCUGGUUUGAGCUCUCUCCGGUGCUGCUGUCUGCUGCUGGACCCUGAUUCCCGGUGCGAUCUUGCAUGGCCACAGCACUGGGUUGCCUGUCAAAAGCGAUCCUCCUGCACAAGUUCUCCCAGGGAGGCAGAUAUGAGUGGCACUCAGCCUGUUCGCGUGCCUUCCUGGAAGGGAUCUUUUGGAGGAUAAACACCUUCAACUCGGGCAAAACAGAGGAGAAGGGAUUGCUGGCGUCCCGUCCUCAGCAUGGACUGCGCAGCAGGAAUGCCAGUGAGCUCAUCCGCAGCCGUCAGCUCCCGGAGCUGCAAGCCUCUUCCUUCCUGCGUCUCAGAAGUUGCUAAUUUUUGAGCUUGUUCCAGAUACAGAAAAUGGGACCCCCCCCUCAGCUCCCUGCUGAGGGCAGCCGGGUUUCUUAGGCUGAUUGGUCACAGACUAAUGACAUUACAUGCCUCUGCUCGCCCCCAGCACUGAUUCACCAGGGACAGUUUUGUGCUGUUAAUCUAUAAUACCCCUACCCUAAGGCACUGCUUUCUGUGGCUGGAGUUCACAACAAAGUGAGCUCCCGCAGGCUGGGGGUGUAUGUGUGUGUGUGUAUGCAUUUUAUCCUGUGAUAAUGCUGCUCUUUGGUGGUAGUUUUUAAUUGUAAAGCAUUGCAGUGAGUUGUUCUCUCAGCAUUUCUGAGCACCAAGGCUCUCGGCAGGGCUGCUUGGACUUUUUAUUAAUUCAGGAUGGGUCCUUUUUGGCUGACUACCGUAGACGACGUCAGGCUUUAAAAACUGAUCAAUAAUCCUGAUGGUAGCAGCAAAAUCCAGGCCAGGCAGCAUGAGUGCAAGCCGGAGAUUACGUGAAGGAAGUUUUAAAUACCUAUUACUCCCUUCCCUUGUCUGGACUUAUUUUGUCCUCCCGCUGCCCAGUGCCUCUCCAGGCGAAGCCAUUAAUAUUUCUCAUGCUUGUUGAGCCCCUGACAGGUGAUUUAAAAGCACCAGUUUGUGUUGGCAUCUCCGCUCUUCAUAAGUGGAGCUGAAACGCGUCGCUGCUGUCCUUACGUGGAUUAGUGCCGUGAUUUAUUACCGUUGUUUCCAGGUUUGAACACAAAGGUGCUGUCUCAUUCUGGGAGGGUUGUCUGUGGGAAGUGAGCCCCCGAGGAUGGCUGCUUGACAAAUACCCACGCUCGGGAACACAACAUAAUUUAGACACACAUUUUAAGUGCUUCAUCGCGGAAUCGUUCUCCUUUGCAUUUGUUUCUAUAGUCCUUCAGUAAAACCUACUUUAUGGGCUAAGGCAAAAGGGGAAAAUAUGUGGAAAAGAGGCAUCCUUGGUUUUGAUCUGUUGCUCUGCCUUUGAUAAGGAAGUUGUGGUUUGAGGGCUGAAGUUUGUACUAGCAUUUUUUGGCUCAGGUUUGCAAGGAGCAAGUGGUUUGAUGUGUGAUGCUUUCUCUCCCAAAACAAGGCUUCAGCCUCUGUCUUCCUUCAGAAAAUGAUUGUCACGCCCCAAGGGAGGCCUGCUAUGUAAUUUGUGGGUAAUAGAGGGGAACGGACCUUGGAGGAAGAAGAGUUUCCAACAUCUGAAUGGAAUUGUCUUAAAUGAGAGAAAUUGGGGUGUUAGAAAUAACAGGUGUGCUGCUGGCUUAUUCUGGCUCAGAAUAAAUGACUUUGGGGGCAGAAAUGGAGAAAAGCAUGCUUUCUGGGAGCUACCGCAGGGCUGCCUGCCUUUCAUCAUUACCUGCACGGUUGUGUCCUUGGCCCCAGCUUCCCAGAAGGGAGAGGGAGCAGGAGAAGCGCUUGCACACAUGGGCCUAUGGUAGUUUGCAGGCUGACGUAUGAAGUAUGGGUUGUCCAUGGAGCAGUACGCUCCCUCUCUCGGGAGCUCAUGGCUUUCUGCACUGGCAGCACGGCUGCAAGUCCCAGCCAACCCCUGCGGGUCCUGGGAGGGUGCUGUGCCCCUCUCUCGGCACCCACUGCUUCCCCCUGGGAGAUGCCCUGUCCUUCUGGGCAUCCUGGCUGAGCGGUGUCCCAGCCUUCAGCUCUGCUUUGGAAGGCAGAGCACAUCUCUGGCAUAUUUGCUUAGAGGUGCUGGGUCUGGGGUUAAAAGUUAACAAUGCUCUUUCCUUAUUCAGUUCUAAUUUAAUUUGGGAAGGCAGCAGGGGGACAGAGGGCACUUAGUCUGGUAAGUGCUAUUCCCCUGAUGGGAGUUAGUAGCUUGCACAGCAUGCGUGGUGCAGACUUUGUAAGCUGACCUUUACCUCCAUCAGGUUCAUUUUCAUUUAUAAUAAUUUUUAAAAAGCAAAGAAUCCCAACCCCCAGCCUCUUAUUUAUUCUUUAGGCGGUGAGGACGUAAAUCCUUCAGCGUGUUUGGAUUUAUAGAAUUACUGUGAUUUUGCUGAGGCUCACAUCCCACUCCAAUCAAAUGACACGGCUUUCGGUAACCGUGCGGGUGAUAGCGUUUUUCCUCCUCGUGCCUCCCUCCUAGCUGCUCCUGAUCCGCACCUCCUCGUGCUCCCUGCAGCCUUUUUGGGGAAAGGUGGGCCUGUGGCACCCGUGGGAAGAGACAGGAGGGGGACUAGGCAAGCCUUGGGGCUAUCAGCAUUUGCACAUGAAGCGUAACAACCUCCAGGUAUCUUUCCUGGCCCAGAAUAAAAAACUGCUAAAAUGCUUUUAUAGAAGGCAUUUCAUCAGCUGUGCUACAGGCCUCCUCCGAAACCGGAGCGUUUCCGUGGUGGCUGGGGAGAGGGGGGAGAUAUAAAUAUCUUUCUCGGCUCUGCUUGGCUUCUCCCCAAGAUAAAUAGAAGUGAAAGUCGAAAGGAGAGGCUUGGCCUUCUGAAAUCUCUUCCUGAGCCUCCAGGGACCCGAGCGCAGGAUGCUUUCAUGACGGGAAGCCAGCUCGCAGCGUUUCAGGGGUCUCGGAGGGUGAUGUUGGAGGGACCCCCUCCCCACUGCCCGAGGCAGACCUCGGCCGCGCGGUGGCUCAGCUCUGAUCCCCACGCCUGGCAUCCGGUGGCUCCGGUCCUGGGAAGCCUCAGGGAGCAGAGAAGCAUCAGAGAGAAGCUGGCUUGAAACGAGAGCAGAAAAAAAUGUCUGUGGUUGUCCUCUAAAUCUUGUAGUAUGUUUACCCUCAGAAAGUACAGCUACAUUACCAAAAAUCAAUAGUUCUAGCAGCGUUCUCCUUGGGAAACACACACACGCUCGGACACAUGAGAGGUGGUAGGUCUUAAAAAAGCCAGGGGAAUACAAAGUGCUUUGGUACAAGGGUUUUGCUUCACUUUUAGCAGCGUACAAAUGGAGGACCCUUGACAUGGGCAGUGUCUUCUGGGACUUCCUGAUUGUCUUUCUGGGCCGAUGUGCCUGAGGCUGUGCGAAGCUAGAGAGGGGCUGGGGGGAGGGUUUGUCUCAUUAACUAAUUUUUGCUUUGAAGUACAUAUGUUCUGUAAGGGAAACACGUUGUGGUGUGCAAAGAUAAACAAGUAUUUGAAAGACUCUUCCUUUGGCUGUUUUGUGUAAAGGUUUGACUUUUGUGGUGAUGGGACCGGCACAUCCCAGUGUUUCAUUUGUUUUCCUCAUGUUUGCAAAGACUUUAUUCUACAGAAAGGAAUGCACAUCAUCCCCCUUCUCUUUUAAAAAAAUCCUUUUCAGAUCCUAGUGUCUCCUUGUUUACCAGCGCACCUACCGCUCCGUUAGGAAUGGAGAGAAGUGAUUUCCAUUUUUCUUGGGUGGAGAGCGCUCUGCAAAGGAAGGGAGUGUCGGAAUGAACAACCAUUUUGACAGAGAUGGGUAUUAAGGUUUGGGGUGAGUGGGCAUGCUGGCAGCAAGCACUGCAGCAAGCCCUGGAGAGCUGGAAAGCAUCCUUCCUUCUCAGAUCAGCCAAAAUGAAAAGAGAAAGGAGACCAACCCCUUUUUACUACCAUCUCUUAUUAAUGAAACAUUUUAUCCUAAGUCCUCUAAUAUGAACUACGCAGGCUUUUGGGAACAUAAUUAAUCUUUCAUUGUAUAAAUCUUUAAUUGUAUAAAAUGGAGUUUGUAUGGCUGUAGUCAUUUCUCUUCUCUCUUUUCCUCCUCUCUCUGAGACGCUCCCUUAGCA